GACAAGCUCAGAGGUGAGGAACAGCUGAGAGACCCGCCUGGACCAAUCCAGACCAACUCAAAGCCCUGACCAGACCAGACCAGAGACAAGACUCACCAGACCAGAGACCAGACCAGGGACAAGACCAACCCAGACCAGAUCAGGGACAAGACCCACCAAGACCUGACCAGACCAGACCAGACCAGAGACCAGACCAGGGACAAGACCCACCAAGACCAGACCAGACCAGACCAGACCAGACCAGACCAGACCAGGGACAAGACCCACCAAGACCAGACCAGACCGGUUGCAGGCUCCAAACCGGCUCACAAAAGACUCCCUGGUCCAGCCAGCUCUCCCGGACUAUGUCUCCUUAGAGUUUGACCAGUGUUGUCCUACUGGGGAACUUAGCGAGGGGGAAGACGACACCCUCCUACCGCCUGGAGGAACCCCCUCCGGCCGCCUCAGCAGCAGCGAGAUGGUCCAGGGCAUCCAGGAGAUCGCAGCCAUGCUGGUGGGUCUGGUGGGCCUGAUCGGCGUGGCGGCCACCACCGGCAUGCCCAUGUGGAAGGUGACGGCCUUCAUCGGCGAGAACAUCAUCGUCAUGGAGACGCGGUGGGAGGGCCUCUGGAUGAACUGCUACCGGCAGGCCAGCAUCCGCAUGCAGUGCAAGGUGUACGACUCCCUGCUGUUCCUCCCCGCCGACCUCCAGGCGGCCCGGGGCCUGGUGUGCUGCUCCCUGGCGCUCUCGGGCCUGGGCUUGCUGGUGGCGCUGGCCGGGAUGCGCUGCAUCUCCUGCGUCCAGGGCAACGAGCGCGCCAAGGUGGUCAUCCUGAUGGCGGCCGGGGGCAUGCAGCUGGUGGCGUGCGUGUGCAUCCUCAUCCCCGUGUCGUGGACGGGUCACGUGAUCAUCCGGGACUUCUACAACCCCCUGCUGAUCGACGCCCAGCGGCGGGAGCUAGGCGAGGCGCUGUACAUCGGCUGGGUGACCGGCGCGUUCCUCUUCGCCUCGGGGUGCCUGUUCGCCUGCCGCCGCCUGCCCGAGGACAAGGGGGCGUACCACCAGGGCGUCCGCUACCCCCAGAUGAGGUACGACCCCGUGUCCAGCGGCGUCUCCAGCCUGGCGACAGGCCCGCUGCCCCCGUCGGUGGCGGGCCACGGCCUGACCGUGCAACCGGCGCCGUAUCAGGACAACAGAAUGGCGGUGCCGUUCCAUAACAACGGUCAGUUUUACCCGGGGGAGAGCGGCCGCCAGCCCAUGUUCCCGCCGGCGUCCAUGGCCCACAGCUCCGGCGGCCACUACCUGGGCAGCGUGCCGACCCGGGAGACGUCCGUGUACGCGAGUCACCCGAGCACGUCGUUGUACACACUGCAGCCCAUGCCGCCCAUGCCGCCCAUGCUGGCCCACCACCCCUCCAUGUCCAGCAGCCACAGCCAGUACACCGUCAAACCCUCGAUGCCCGGACACCAGCCACACUCCAUGUCCACUUACACGGGGUCCCCCAGCUUCCACCCUGUCCCACAGAACCCCCUUUUCUUCCGCUACCACGAGUCCGGGGUGGAUCCGGGGUCCCACAGCGGUACAAGCAGAGGUGGCGUUUACAUAUGAAGAGGGGGGGGGGUUCUGGUUGAGUUCCACGGUGAAGGCCGUUUAAUAUCGCACUGAACAUUUUAAAGAAAAUGUAUUUUAAUGAAAGAAAAUGUACUUUUAGUGGACAACUUAAUGGCAAAUGUGCUGUAACACGUGUUUAUGUUAUAUAUGUAUAUAAACGUAGACUUAAUCGGUGGUUCCACUGCGGUUGUCCUUUGUUUAGUAAAUAUAAUAGGAGACGGGUGUGAACUGGUUUUCCAACUGUUUUCAGUAUAAACAAAGAUGGCACUAUGGGUGGGAUGACUGAGGGCAGAACCAAAACAAUGAGCCCGUAUGAAACCAAUAGAACAACUUUAUUUUGUAUCCUUCUAUUCGUCUUGGGUUUAGAUGGGAUUUGAUGAAGCAGGGCAUCAUUAUUUAACAAUUGUAAAUCUAAAUGUACAUAGAUACCUCAUUAAUUUAGACACUGACUUUUAAAAGCACUAACCAGCAUUCAAUAUGGUUUAAAAAAAAUAAAUUGUAUCUCAGUCCAUUCUAUUCAAGUAGGCUAGUUUAUGUUAUUUGUAGUCAUAAUAAAUCUAGUUGACUGACUGCAUUGUUUUCGAUGUUUACUCAAACAUACUCGGGUCAUGCUUCAUCUGUUGACUGUGUACGUUACGCCAUUAUUCGCCACUAGAUGGCCCUAGAUAACAAUACACGUGCUUCUGUUGAGUUGAUGGGACUCAUUUAGUGAGAUACCCUUUAAUAGUAGGCUGUUGUAUUAGUCGAGGCGUUAUAUCCAACAACAAUAUUUAGAUCAAUGGCUGUAAUCAACGGCAACGCUAUCGUCAAUUUCAACUGUCAA